CGUGCUUCGAGAUGCGUGAUCUCCCGCUCCAAACCUUCACCUUUACAUGCUCAUAAGACAUCUCUCCAAGAUGGCUCAGCCAUCCGGAAAAGUCCUUGAAGGCGUCUUCGCCGUGAGCAAACCACCACAUUUGUCCUCUGCCCAAGUGCUUCGAGACCUUCAACACAAGUUUGCGGAGUCCAAAACCUUUGCGCCCUUAUUGCAGAACACUAGAAGCGCUCAGGAGGAGCAAGAGCGAUACCAGCGCAAGCGGCGAAAGCGUGAUAAUGAUCAGGUCUUCAAGAUGGGCCACGGUGGCACCCUCGACCCCUUGGCUACAGGGAUACUAAUAGUCGGCAUCGGCAGAGGGACUAAGCAUCUCUCGGAUUUUCUGGCUUGCAAGAAGACCUACGAAACAGUCGUUCUUUUCGGCAAGAACACGGACACCUACGAUGUAAUGGGUAAAGUGGUGGCGGAAGCACCUACCGAAAAUAUCACCGAAGGUCUCGUUGAGGAGCAGAUGGAGAAAUUUCGUGGCAGGCACAAGCAAAUUCCACCAAUAUACAGCGCCAUUAAGAUUGACGGCAUGAAAUUAUACGAUUAUGCGCGAAGUGGGAAGGCAUUGCCUCGCCAGUUGGAAAGCCGCGAUGUGGAGAUCUCGGAUUGUUCUUUACUUGAGUACUUCGAACCAGGUCAGCACGAUUUCCGAUGGCCGGCUGAACAAGCCAGCGACGAAGAGAAAGCUGUAGCCAGAAAACUUAUGGACGGAGCCGAAGCGACAAAGAAGUCAAUUGUCGCACACUCCGGGCAGGCAACUUCAGACAAAGAUGCGAAGAAACCCGUCUCAAACGCGGCCAUCAACAGUAUUCCACGCAAGGACAAGGCUGCUUUGCACACUCACCAUCUCCCGACACAAGAAUCCUCGCCUGCUAAUGCGCCCGCCGCUAGCAUCCGCUUGACAGUAAGCAGCGGCUUCUAUGUCAGAUCGUUCUGUUAUGAUCUUGGGGUGGCUUGUGGCUCCUACGGCACAAUGGCAGCCCUGGUGAGAAGCCAACAGGCCGAUUUCACGAUCACCGACCCUGCUCCUGAUGAUAUGGCAACGGCGGUCACUUAUGAGGAUCUAGAAGCUGGCGAAGAGGUUUGGGGACAGAAGAUAUCCUCAGUACUUGAAAGAUGGAUGGAGAAACAUCCAGCAGCCUCGACCCAAGAUCAAAUUGACAACCGGGACAGACGGGAUACCCGGUGGAACCAUUCGAAGCGUGGCGGUGGUGGUAUGAAGAGGUCUUGGGACGACCGCGGCGGGCACGGCGAUAGGAACAGUGGUGCUCGACAGCGACGCAAUAGCUCGUCACCAGAAAUCUGAAAUACUAUUCAUAGAUAUCCUCGCCAGGAGCGAAUUGUGUAUAUACAAGUAAGUGAAUGUCAAACUCAAUCUGGGCUG